UCAAAACUCAAAACCAACUCAAAAGUCAGAACAUUCUUUAAUCUUUUCACAAUAAUAUAAGAAAAAUUAAAUGAUCAUAAUAUAAUGUACUGUGUGAUGAUAAGCUACAGAACGUAAUCAUUUAAUCAGUAUAUUAGUAUCAGAACUGCGAACAAGGUUUCUCUAUUGAGUCAGUAGAUCUGGAGAUCAACUGGAGAUUUUUAUUAGCAUUUUCUAAACAGGUCAAAUCAUAGGUCAAAUGGAUCAGGACUCGGUAUCCGACAAUUUUUUGGUAAAGUUUGAUAUCAAAGGGAAACCUGUUUAUGCGAUAAUAUUAUGGCAAAACACCAAAGACCAUCUAUUUCAUAUACAAGUAUUUGGAGAAGAACAGAGUUGGUCUGGUGAUUUUUCAUAUGAAAAGUGUACAACAUUUGCAGAGAAUUUUGAUGAAGAUCUCGAACAAUAUAAAAAUAAUGUAAAGGACGCGUUAAAAAUGGAAAACAGUAUGUAUACUUUUGACUUUACAUACGUUGAGAGUGAUAGCAACGUUGCAAAAUUUUAUUGGAAAAGGAGAUUUAAAGAUUCUACAGCAACUUUAGUUCAUGGGUUUGUAUCUGUAACAAAAGAUGAAGAUGCUGGGACUAAAAACGACAUAAUAGAUUUCCUAUUAGAACAAAAUAAAUAUCUCAAUAGUGCUCUAGAAGAUUAUAAGAAUAAGACUGAAAUAUUAAAAACUGACUUAGAAAACUGGAAAAGUGAGUUUGAAAAAUUUACAGUAACAAAAAAUUCUUUAGAAACAACUUUAUAUGGAAAAUUUGUGCAACUUUUGAACUCUAAGAAAAGGAGAAUUCAAGAGCUUGAAGAAUUUUUAAAUAAUUUAUGAAAGCAAAAAUAUGGUUACAGAAUUGGUGUGACUUGUUCAUAGUAUUAGCUCAUGCAUAUCUCUUAAUUUACUUAAUGCAGUUUUAAAUAUUCUAUCAAGUUUGUAGGGUCUUAUUGUUGUUGAGUUCUAAUUGGCAUUCAGUUUUGAUAUAUCAUUGGUUUACUGCAAGAACUCAUUCAUUCCAGAAAAUCAUCUACUUAAAAUUUACAAGAACUAUGAACCAAGCCUAUACAUAUACUAUAGAACAAGAAAAUUAUUUUUGCAAUUAAUGAGUUCUUGUAGUAGGCUAAGAUAUUAGCUAUUAUAAACUAAGGCUUAUAGUCCGAUGAGAGAUACAAAAUGUUGUUAACUGUUACACAAAUGAUUGAACACAACUUUUUCUUCUGUCUGCUAUUUGUUUUCUUUUGUUUUGCCAAUGAAAUCAAGGAUGUUUAAUGUAAUCUUAUAUUGCUUAUACAUUUGUUAUUAUUAAUUGAUUGCUGCAGUAUUUAAUAUAUUUUUUCCAAACGCUAAGCAGUAGAAAGCUCUUGUAUAUAAUAUAUUUAAUUUCAGCAAUAAGAAUUAUAAUAUUUUAUUAUGAAUUUCUAUGCUUCUGUGUUGAUAUAUUAUUUUUUACGCGAAAUGUCUGAAAACUAGGAAUGUACCUAUGUAAUGUGAAGACAAUUUAGGAAAUGUGUACACUGUACCUACUUACAGUCAACACGCACACAUUUCCUGUUGAUUUUAAAAAUGAAUAAUUAGAUAUAUUUCCUAGGAAUUCUAUACUUACAAUGAUUUCUGGAAACAUCCAUUAAUUUUUAUCUGGAUGACAAAACAUAAAAAUCAUGAAGCCAGUGCUGUUUGUACAUAUUACAAACUUGAUUACAAAUGGAUUACAAUAUAAUAAUCUUAUGAAAACAGA